AUGGAAUCUAGUACACCAUGUCCAGGCAGCGGCUGUGUUUGCACACUUCAUGGUAUUGUUCCCGGUCUAUCUCCUAUAUCCAGAUUUAAUGUUUCUAUGAUUCAGGUUUACAACUCCGAGAACUUCACCCUAUACGAUUGGGAGAUAAACAUUGCAGAGGCUCAAAAGGCUCACCUAGAUGCCUUUGCACUCAACCUGGCAUACAACUAUCCAACAAACAACCGCUCUCUAGAAAAUGCAUUCAAAGCAGCAAACACGUUGGACUUCAAACUUCUGUUCUCCUUCGACUAUGUAGGGAAUGGCCCCUGGCCCGAGGGCGACGUGAUUGCCGUCAUCAAUAGAUACAGAGACAAUCCAGCAUACUAUCACCACAAAGGCAAGCCUUUUGUCUCAACUUUCGAGGGCUCAUCAAACGCCACAGAUUGGAAAUCCAUCAAGAAAUUUGCAGACUGCUUCUUCGUGCCGGGCUGGUCAGCUCUCGGAGCAAAAGAGGCAUUGGCGGUUGCCCCAGGUAUACCAGACGGCCUAUUCUCCUGGGCAGCAUGGCCCGAGGGCUCCGAAUCGAUAAACACAUAUAUUGACUCGACGUACAUGCAAUGGCUCAAAGAUUCCGGUGACUUACCGUACAUGAUGCCUGUCUCACCGUGGUUCUACACCAAUCUGCCUGGCUAUGGCAAAAAUUGGAUCUGGAAUGGCGACAACCUAUGGUAUGACCGGUGGCAGCAGGUGCUUUCACUGAAACCUGAAUUCGUGGAGAUUAUCUCGUGGAACGAUUACGGCGAGUCACAUUAUAUCGGCCCUUUGCAUGACGAUGCAUAUGCAACCUUCGAAAUCGGCGGGGCUAGUUACAACUAUGCUGCUGAUUAUCCCCAUGAUGGCUGGCGAGAUUUUCUUCCGUUUGUCAUUGAUCUAUAUAAGACGGGCAAGACGAACGUCAAAACAGAAGGUGUCACUGCAUGGUACCGCCAGGCACCCGGCAAGGCUUGCAAAAACGGCGGAACUAUGGGCAACACAGAAACGCAUGGGCAGAAGCUCAUUCCACCGACGGAUGUCCUACAAGACGAAGUCUUCUACUCUGCACUGUUACAUUCUGCGAUUGCCGUGGAUGUGGCGGUAGAAAUUGGCGGCGUGUCACAGGAAGGGAAGUGGAAGAGUACACCACCAGGUCAAAUUGGUAUUUAUCAUGGCAGUGUGCCAUUCGAUGGCAAUACUGGUCAGGUGGUAGUGACGGUCUCGCGCAGAGGAAAGACCAUUGCUGAAAUGCGCGGUGCAUCAAUCUCAGACUCCUGCGUAGAAGAGACUCAGAAUUGGAAUGCCUGGGUUGGAUCCGAGCUCACCAAAAAUCGACCUAAGAACACUUCCACUACGACUCAUGCAAAACCCACCGCUACAUCCAAGGUCUCUGCUGCUCCGGCUUUGCUUGCUUUGACAAGGCUUCCAUUCACAGUGAUCUUUGUGGCGUUGGUUGCAACUAUGGUGUCUGCAAGCCUAACACAGAAACCGCAAGUGAAAUUCGUUUACACACCGGUUAUGGAUCCCCCUUUGCCUCAGAGGGCUUCUUCAUAUGUCUAUGACUAUGCUGGUCCAUCGACCGACUCUCCCUUCGCUACAAGAGACAUCAUCGACAUGGGGUAUGAUCUGUCUCGAAAUUUGGAUUGUUCUUUUCAACUUCAGUGA